AUUGUAUAUAUGGGUGCCCUAUCAAAGGCUGAGAAUGACUACUCCGCAGAAGCUGCCCAUUUGAGCAUCUUAGAACAAGUCCUUGAUAGUGGAAGCUCAGCAAGAGAAUCCUUAGUUUGCAGCUACAAAAACAGUUUUAAUGGAUUUGCAGCUAAGCUCACAGAACAAGAGCAAAGAAAGCUAAGAGGCAUGAAAAAUGUAGUCUCUGUAUUUCCAAGUAAAACCAUAAAACUUCACACAACAAGAUCAUGGGAUUUCUUGGGUUUCCCAACCACUGUAAGAAGAAUGCCUAAAAUUGAGAGUGCUGUCAUUAUUGGCAUGAUUGAUAGUGGAAUCUGGCCUGAAUCUGAGAGCUUCAAUGAUAAUGGAUUUGGCCCUCCCCCUAGCAAAUGGAAGGGUAUUUGCCAAAACUUCACCUGUAACAAUAAGAUUAUCGGAGCACGAUAUUACAAUUCUUUAGAUAAAUACACCGAUGAUGAAGAGAAAUCCCCCCGUGAUAUUGAAGGACAUGGAACACACACUGCUUCUACUGCAGCAGGUGUUGAAGUUAAAAAUACAAGCCUUUUUGGUAUUGCUGAAGGAACUGUAAGAGGAGCUGUUCCCUCUGCAAGAAUUGCUGUCUACAAAGCCUGUUGGAAUCUUGGUUGUUCUGACCAUGAUAUCCUGUCUGCAUUUGAUGAUGCAAUUAGUGAUGGUGUUGAUAUCUUAUCAGUUUCCCUUGGGUUUGGAAUUCCUACAAUUUUCACAAGUGAUGCUAUUGCAAUUGGAUCAUUCCAUGCAAUGGAAAAAGGGGUCCUUACCUCUGCAUCUGCUGGAAACGAUGGACCAAGAAUAGCUUCUCUCGCAAAUGUAGCCCCAUGGAUCUUAACUGUAGCAGCAAGCAGCACAGAUCGUCGGAUUAUUAGCAAUAUCACAACAGGCAAUCAAAUUACCAUAGUGGGACAUGCUAUUAACACUUUCCCAACAGAGGAAAAGGCAUUCCCAUUUGUAUAUGGAGGUGAUCACCUUGCAAAUACCUUUACCAUUGAAGAUGCAAGGACUUGUGUUUUUGGCGCCUUGGACAGAGAUUCAGUGAGAGGGAAGAAUGUCUUCUGUGAAUCGGGUGCUGAUGGUAGUGGGCCCUUCUUUGCUGAUGCUCAAGGAAUGGUGGUGGUAGAUGAUGGUGGAUCUAAUGAUGCAUCCUAUCCUUUUCUUUUACCAGCAACAGCUGUCAGCAUUGCAGAUGGCGAAAAAUUAAAGCUCUAUUUGAAUAGUACCAGAAACCCUGUGGCAAAGAUUUACAAAAGUGAAGCAAUUCAUGAUCCUAAAGCUCCAGAAGUGGCUUCGUUCUCUUCCCGAGGACCCAACACUAUUUCACCAAAUAUUCUUAAGCCAGACUUAACUGCCCCGGGUGUAGACAUCUUAGCGGCAUGGUCUCCGAAAGCCUCAAUUACAACUGAGGAUGACAAGCGCUCUGUAGCAUACAACAUGAUAUCUGGAACAUCCAUGUCUUGCCCUCAUGCAACUGGUGCUGCGGCUUAUCUCAAAGCAUUUCAUCCCUCAUGGUCCCCUGCUGCUAUUAAAUCUGCUCUCAUGACAACAGCUUUUCCCCUGAAUCCCUCUUAUCAUAAAGAGGCUGAAUUGGCUUAUGGUGCUGGUCAAAUUGAUCCACUAAAGGCUAUCAAUCCAGGUCUUGUGUAUGAUACCUUGAAAGCUGACUAUAUACAAGUGUUGUGCAACUUGGGUUAUAGUCCAGAUAACAUUACAAAAAUUGCUGAUGAUCAUAAGACUGUUACUUGUGCCAAGCAAGAUGGAACUGACGCUCUUUUAAACUAUCCUUCUAUGGGUGCUUCAGUUACUGCCGGAAUACCUAUCGAUAGUUAUUUUCCGAGGACGGUUACGAAUGUCGGCUUUUCAAAUUCUACAUACAAGGCAACAAUUGGACCACAAAAGCUACUAAAUGUUACAGUUAUUCCUAAUGUUCUAUCUUUUAAGUCUUUGAACGAGAAGAGGCAGUUCACUGUACAUGUUACCGGGCCAGGAAUUGGCCAAGAUUCAAUCAUCUCUACUUGGCUGCUGUGGUCUGAUGGAAUACAUAACGUAAGAAGUCCCAUUGCCUUCUGGGCCUAUUCUUUAGAAAGUAAUUAA